AUGGAAUAUCCAUCGAGUAAUGCAAAGAACUUCAUAUUUAGUAUAUCAUGUCAAUCAAGUGAUCCAACACUUUGUGGAAAAGUCGUCCAAGCAUUUUUAGAUGCAGGAAGCAUUUUAUCUUCAGUUUUAUUCUUGAGAUCGUCAAUUGUUGUCAACAUUAGUGCUUAUGACUUUUGUGCGGACGACCCACUUUGCAAUGGGGAUUACUCAUAUGACCCAGAAAGGCUUUAUCCUCAAUCGUUGGUCAAACAAUUUAAUUUUUCGUCUAAUCCUGAAUAUAGAUAUCCGGAUAUCUAUGGCGAAUUCAACCUUGGUCUUAGUUAUUGGUUCAAAGAUGAUCCACCGAUUAAAUAUAAUCAAUAUGAUUUUCUGGGUUUUCAAACGUCGUGGAGCAUGUGGUCACCCGAUGAUUCAUCACAAUAUAUCACUCCUAUGUUGAUAACAGAAGAGGACUACGAAUUUUUAUGGGAAGAUAAUUAUGAUGCUAAUAAACGUGUUACUUGGAUAGGAUUUAGAGAAAAUAUAUUUGAUAAAUAUUUGGUAUUCGUUGAAACAGGAACAUACGUUUCGAAUAUGACAGCGAUAUUAAAUGAGUUUUUUAGUGAUGGUGCUCUUAAAGGAAGCUAUUAUGAUUUUCAACAAAAGUUUAUGUCAUCGCAACAGUAUGAUAUAGCCAAAGAGAUGAUGGUUAUAUCAACACAACCACAAACUCUUGGGUUAGUUAAUUGGAACUUAACUUCUCACCAUAACACUAGUAAACAAGGGGCAUUUAAUAUAAGUGACUUGUUUGUGGUCGACACUACAUCAAAUGUAUUCGAUCCGUAUAACAGUAUAAAUCAUGUGGACUAUACGAUAUAUACUAAUACUAGUGACUUCUUGAUGAGAUAUCAAUUAUUUCCAGGAGAGACACUAAGCGGCGAUAUUAAGCUUGGAGGCAAAUUCCCAAAAGGACAACUUGUUGGUGCUAUUGGACCAAGGCUAAAGAGGUUCUUUGAAACAUUGGGGUAA